AUGGCACGAUUUCAUGGUCUCAGGAAAGAGACAUUUCAUUAUGACGAAAGUCAACUCCUGUGCUAUGGCAAUAAAAGCACAAGAGGAGGCCGUCGCAACCGAAGCGGUCACGCUCAUCCCAACGGAGGAGAAAGACCUUUCAUUAGGACGAAAGUCAACCCUUGUGCUUUGGCAAUAAAAGCACAAGAGGCGGCCGUCGCAACCGAGGAGGCCAAGCUCACCCCAGCGCCAAAAUACAGAGGAACAACGACGGUCGUUUCCUCAUUUGGGAGAAUUUGA